AUUUUCCUUCCCUCUGAAUCUAUCUUUCUCUCUUUAUUCCUGUUCAACCCAAGCAUCCAACCUCGCAAUUUCAAUUUUCUGUUUCGAUUUGAGGCACAAUAGAAGAGAGAAUUGAUUGUCUCGUAGGAGUGGUGUUGUUCGUUACUCGUUCACUUGGUACAAGAAAGGCUAUCUUCCUUUCUACCUCUGUUUUGCCUUGUGUGCAGAACUUGAGAACUAACAUCGGUUAGAAAGAGUCCAUAUAAAUUUUUCUCUGCUGCAUGUGGUGUCUCCUUCACGGUGCCACAUCUUUUUAUUCAUGGGGGAGUGGAUUGUUGGAGCUUUCAUCAACCUCUUUGGUAGUAUUGCAAUAAAUUUUGGGACCAAUCUUCUUAAAUUAGGGCAUAAUGAGAGAGAAAGACACUUACUUGGAAGUGAUGGGGUAAAUGGAAAGAUGAGUCUGAAACCUAUUAUAUACUUCCAGAGUUGGAGAAUUGGUAUUGUAUUUUUCUUUCUUGGAAAUUGCCUUAAUUUCAUUUCCUUUGGAUAUGCUGCUCAGUCACUUCUUGCAGCCCUGGGAUCUGUUCAGUUUGUAUCUAACAUUGCCUUUGCUUACUUUGUCUUGAACAAAAUGGUGACGGUCAAGGUACUGGUUGCCACAGCUUUCAUUGUUCUUGGAAACAUUUUUCUAGUUGCUUUUGGCAAUCACCAAUCACCUGUUUAUACACCAGAGCAGUUGACAGAGAAAUAUACCAAUAUUGCAUUCCUUCUAUACCUUCUAGCUUUGAUCUCAAUUGUUGCUUUGCACCACUCCAUUUACAAGAGAGGAGAACUUCUGCUUGCAGUAUCUGGACAUGACCUCAGACCCUAUUGGAGCAUGCUACUGCCCUUUUCAUAUGCUGUAGUUUCUGGGGCUGUAGGUUCAUGCUCGGUGUUGUUUGCCAAAUCGCUUUCUAACCUCUUACGACUGGCAAUGUCCAAUGGUUAUCAGUUGCACAGCUGGUUUACAUAUUCCAUGCUUCUAUUAUUUCUUAGUACUGCUGGAUUUUGGAUGACCAGGUUGAAUGAAGGACUGUCUUUGUUUGAUGCCAUUCUCAUUGUUCCCAUGUUUCAGAUAGCAUGGACUUUCUUCUCAAUCUGUACGGGAUUUAUAUAUUUCCAGGAAUAUCAGGUAUUUGAUGCAUUAAGGACAACGAUGUUUAUACUUGGAAUGAUGUGUGUGUUCAUUGGCAUUUCUUUGCUGGCACCCGAUGAACCCAAAGUUUCAGGUGCAGAGUCUAGAGAAUUGGAAUCCAUGGUGUCUCCUGCCAUUUCAACAGAAGUGAACAGGUUGGUGGAGUCUUCAGAAGUACAACACAAAGACGCAAGAUCAUUUGUCAAAGGAAUGCUGAUAAAGGUUACGGAUAUGUUAGUCAAGGCAAAGACUUCGUGUGCAUUAUCACUCGGUUUCGGGGAGGAUACCAUUAGCGCAUCGUCAGUUCUUGUGAUGCCAAUGAUGUCAUCAAGAAUGACUGGAUUCAGAGGCAGUGGGCUUGAGCGGGCAAGGAUUUUGUCCAUGAGAAAUUCUGGUUGGGGCAAGAUUUCCAUAGAUGAAGAUGCUGAGAAGUUGCUUGAAACUGAUCAGCUUGUCCCACCCAGCCCUUAACAGUGUUUGAUAGUCAUAGGAUGUUCCACAGUUUCCAUUUUUUUAAUGAUUGGAGUAGCUGAGAUACAAAACCGUCCUAAUUCAAUUAUUUGCUUUAUUAGCAUUUAUGUAAUCUUUCCCACAAGGAAAAGAGGAUAAAAAGUUGUUAUAUGUUGUAUAUACAUAUUGUAAAUUUUUGCUUGGAUAAUUGAAAUAUAAAAGAGAAAGUUUAUAUU